AUGAAAAAGUAAAGUGAGAAUGAAAGGAUUGCUUAAUAAAUAUAUUCUUCUUAGAUGUAGAAAUUGUAGGGAAAGAUAUAAGAAAAGAAACUCACUAAAGUAUUGUCAAAAUAGCAAUUUGAGAGCCAAUCAUAAAAUAUCUCGAAUAACAACAGUCCUGUAAUGGGACGUUAAAAGUCGUAUGAAAAUUUAUAGAAGGUGAAUAGAACAUUCAUAAAUCCAACUCUUCAGGUGUCACAACAAAAAUUGAGUAGCAUAUUAAAUGUUAUGGCAGGCUAACAGACGAAACCUAAAAUAUAAAGUUUAUUUAAUAAUGAAUUAAUGGAUACUGUAAAGAUCACUCAUAAAUUACGUAAGAAUUAAUCAAUGAUCUAAAUUGAUUAACAAUCACCAUAAUUAACUAAGAAUUCAUCAUUUCAUCGUCCUAAUUCAAGUGUCAAAAUAAAGAAUAGUAACAGUAUAUCUUAUGAAUAAUCAUAACUGUAAAAAAUUAAAGAUAAUAUAAAAUAACUAUUAUAAGAGAGAGAUAUUAAUUGUUAAUAAGAUUAAAAAGAGAUAGCAUUCAUGAUUAAACUAAAUUAAUCAUUAAAUUAAUUACUAUCAAUAAUAUUUUAUGAAUAACCAAAUACAUAACCUACUUCUACUUAAGAGACAAAUUCGAGUCUUUAAAUAGAUCAUUUUUUUAAGAGAUAAAUUGCAAUAUUACAAUAAUCUUUCACUUAAUAAAUGGAAAAGAAAAAACUAGAAAAUAUACUCACUUCAAUUAAAAGAAAACAUGAAAAUGUACUCAUAGAGUACAAUUAGUUAAUAGAGUAAAAGAAAUCUUAAGAGGAAGUGAUUAAGAAUUUUAAAUCAUAAAUUUAAGGAUUAUAAUCUAAAAUAAAUACUUAAUAAAAAGAAACAAAGAGUGAAUAAGGUAUUAAUUUUAUUAAUAAAAUAUAGAAUUUUUAGAAUUAAAAUAUCUCGUUUAAGGACAAUUCGAAGCUAUCUAAAAAUUAUUAUAAAGAGAAUAGUUGACAAAAAUAUUUUUAAAAAGAGUAGGUGAUAGUUCAAUUUUAGAGUAUAUUUAAUUAUAUAUUUUUAGAAUGUUCGAUUAGUUUAUCUCAAAUGCUGAGCAAACAAAUAUGGAUGAUACUGAAGGAAAUUUAAAUAUAGAUAUUAUACCAUCUAAUAAGUUGAUAACUUAAAAGAAAUUAGCUGUAAUGUAAGAAUAAAUGGGUUUACCUGAAAAGAUUUUAUCUUAAUAUGAAGAGAAUUAUAAGGAAUAAUUAAAUUUAUAUGAUUCAUUAUUAGCAGAUGAUUCUAGUAAAUAAUUUUAUAAAUAUCUUUUUUAGGAGUGAAUGAUUCAGAGGAAAGUAGUUUUGGUUAUUUAGGUAAAGAAUAAGCCAGUGAAAUUAGUUGUUAUUUUAAUGAUGCUGAAUAAUUUGCAUAGACUUAAAAUAAGGGAAAGGGAAUUCAUACAAUUUCAAAGGAGAUGUUGAAAAUAAACAUGAUGGAUGUCUAAUUGGCUUAAGCUGCGUAAUAAUUUAUAUUAAAUAUUAAGUUUGAAACAUCAAGAAUUAGUAGAAUAAUAAUAAUAAUAAUAAUAAUAAUAACUUUAAUAAAAGAUCUUACCAGAUGAUUUGAUGGAUCAUGAAAAUGAAGAAUCUUUUGAGAAUUUCUGUGAUGAUGAAUGA